UCAAAUAAAAAUAUCAUUUAUAAUUUCAAUUUCUUUGAUGAACGUUUUUAUUUGAAACCGCCGCUUCUCAAAAGUUCAAAAACAAAACACAAAAGGUACUCUUCUGCUGUUCCAUAUACCAUUCUUCCUUUUCGAUCGUUUAUCAGAUCUGUGAAGCUGCGAUAUGGAUGCGGUGAAGGAGCGUGAUGAUGAGGUCAAAGGGCUUAGCCUCAUCGAUGUUUGCUUCGAGGACGAUUCUCUCAUCUCCCAAUCUUCAGAAAAUCAGCAAGAGCACAGAAUUUUUGAGUUUCCAGAUGCUGUGGAUGCCAGCAAAGCAGAGGACUCAGCAGACAUUGUUGAUCAGAGGGACCAAGUAUCUCAACUAUCAGAAUCAUUAGAACCGGAAAGAACACAAAAAAUUGGCAAGUGUAACUUGCGGAAAAGCUUAGCCUGGGAUAGUGCUUUCUUCACAAGCGCCGGUGUGCUGGAACCUGAAGAGUUGUCUAGCAUGAUUGAAGGAGUUGAUAGGGAUGGGAAGCAUUCAUUACCUAGAAUUCAAGAGGAUGAUUUACGCAGAUCUGCUGAUUCAAUCUCUACAAUGGAAAGUGAUAGUUUGACAUUGGAAAGUCUUGAGGCUGAUUUGUUUGAAGAUGUAAGAGCUUCGAUUCAGAAAUCCAGAAUAAGGUCAAAUGUGACACAUUCAAAGAAUAGCAAAGCAGGAACAGGAGAAAUGGAAGGUAGAACUAUCCAUUCUUCAAAGAAGGUGGAAGUUGCUUCUCAGAAAAAGGUGCAGCCCAAAGCAGCUUCCGGGAUGCAAGGAUCAGGGAAAAUGAUAAAACAGGGUCCUGUACGUCCACAAGUCACACAGCCUGUUGCUAGUAGUAGACAGUCAAUUUCAUCACUGCCCAGGCCACCCAAGAUAAUAAGCCGGGCUAAUCCCAUCUCAACAGCAUCAACCAAAAGGGCUUCUUUGGGCGCCAACAGUCUCAGAAUGGAAAAGGAUAGUGCAAAAGGUUCCAUUGGUAGAGGGGCUCCAGGGUCCAAGAUAACUGGUUUGGGUGAGUCACAUGGUUUUGUGCCUAGGCCUACACAAUCUUCCAAAUCGUCUUCUAAACGUUCCUUACCAGCAGCAAAGACAGAGCCAACAACUUCUAGUUCCUCAUUCGAUAGUAGUGGCAGUACUCCAUCUGACAAUAUUGGUAAAUCUUCCACAAAUACAAUGAGAAGAAAAUUUGAUUCCAGAACUUCUAAUCCUCCUCCUUCUGGUUCGACACUGAAGAUCCCAACCAGAACUGCAGUGAGAAAUAAGACUCUGUCUGCCAAUUCUCACAUCUCAGCUUAUUUGAUGUCUACGGCUAAGCUUUCUUCUAGCAUGUCACCUGCCAGCUCCAUCAGCGAAUGGUCCACAGAAUCAUCAUCAUCAACUUCUACUGUUAAUCAAAGGUCUAGCAACUCAACGGCUAGCCUUGGAACUAGUUCUCCUUGCAAGGGGGUCUGUGAAGAUCGUAAUGCCUCUCAUACAGUUGGACCUGAAAAUCAGGUAACUGGGUUGCUGAGCCAAAGUGGAAAGAAAAGUACAACAGGAACUGGCACACUUCAUCAUCCAGCCUCCACAAAACCCUCAGGUCUUCGAAUGCCAUCACCAAAAAUUGGCUUUUUUGAUGGGGCGAAAUCAAUGGUGCGGACUCCCAAUGGAAGUAUGCAAUCUCAUUCUGGGGUACCAAGUAGUUUGCCUAAAGUAGGAGCGGGAUUUUGUAGCCCUAAAGGGGCUUCAAACAAGGGGAAACAAGGAAAUUUUCAAACUGUAAGAACUGUGACACCAGUUGGGAACAUAAAGCCCAAUACUCAGAAGAAUUCCUUGAGUAUGAAACCUUCAUCUUCUUUACCUCAUCAGCAACCAUCAAAUGCUUCAACAAAGGUUUCUUCUGCUUCAAAAAGUGUAAGAAAUUGUGCUGGCCAAUCUCCAGAAAUUCAGGGCAAUAUAUCUCCUAAAGCUAAUGGAGAGAGUCACUUGAAGGCAGAGGAAGCAGGUCUUGGAGGAGUUGAUAGAGCAAAACAUGAUCCAGAUUCUGGUUUGAUUUCAGACAAGAAUGGCAGCCGAGAGGAUAUCAAAAUCACUCCCGUAAAAGGAGAUGGACCUCACAGUAUUUACAAUUCAACCACAGUUGAACUUUCAACCACCAUGAGGGUUCCUUUUGCUGUUAACAACCCUUUUUGCAGUAGGGACUUUCCAACAGGAUUGACAGUAGAAAUGGUAGAGAAGGCAGACACCUCUCCCUUCCUGGAUAGCACUCUGAAAGAGAACAGCUGAGCUGCCUGUUACAGUUCUGCAACAUGUUUUUCAUCAAGCAUGCAGGAGCCUCAUGCCCAUAGAGGGAACCUUUCCUAUAGGACCUUGGAGCUGAAGUGAGGAUUUUGAUUGGAUCACCGUGUUGAAGUGAGGAUCGAGUGGUGCUACAACAGAAAAUGUAUGAUAUUGAGGGAACCUGAUCAGAUUCAUAUGGAUACAAAAAUAUUCUCAAAACAUGCGGGUCUGUGUUCUAGAGUUAUGGCUUCGUCAGCAUUGUGUCUUUGGUUUUGCAGAAUUUAGUUUCUUUUAUUCCAUUUAUUUAAGUGGUAGUCCUUGCCUGAUGGAACUCAGCGUUUGAGUAGAUCUUCUCUUUAAACAAAUUUCAAAUUGUAGCAUGUUAGUGUGUUUAACAUUGUCAGGAGUUUGUUCCCAUUUUUCAUGAAUCCUGAUAGAAGCUCUCGUGCUAUGGUAGGUUGUUAUCACUUGUAAAUGUUGAACUUGUGCUAUUCCCUUUUCUUGGAAAUGGUUUCUGUUUUAACAUAUGGAGGAGCUUCCUGGAGAAGAAAGAACCGAACUUGAGAAAAAUACAACCAUGUUUUAGUC